GCAUUAACUCCAGUUUUCUAUCUGGUACAAGCAAGUGUCGUUCUGGGUUUUUUUUAUCUGUUAGUAUUGAGUUAGGUGUCCGGUCGAUUUUUUUUAGCUAGUGGUUGUGAACGCGAUUUUUUGCAGAAUGAUCGAGAUUUCGUGGUUUCAAUCGAAAACCUAAUGGGUAACAUUCCCAUUGAGAGUAGAGUGAUUUCCAUUAAGGAAUAGAAGACCAAGGCAGUCAUAGCAGCUGCCAGGAUAGGCACCACUACCAUUAGACAGAUAGAUAGAUCCUCAGCGACGAUAUAACUUACCAGCCACCGAAAGAUCCACCCGAACCACCAAACCAUGGACCCUCCGCAGUGCGUUCAGAACGCCAUGAUGACCAAGGAUAAGAAACCCUUCACGUACACUCCUGGAGGCAUAGACCUCUCUGAGGUCCGUUCUCCACGCAUGGCGCGCCGUAUAGAGCGCAACGCCCACCUGCCCGGCUCCGGGGACAACCCUCGCCCAACGCCUCACGCCCAUCAGAACUUGGACCAAUUGCCGGCAUCGGCCUUGGCGGCAAUGCGACCGCAACCGCAGGUGCAGGUAUUUCCUUCACCGCCCCCAGCGAUGCCCUUCAAGGGGGCGGGACCAGUGCCUCCACCCCCACCACCCAUGGGUCAAGGAGUGCCUCCACCUCCGCCGCCGCCAAUGGUCCCUCUGCCUACUCAAAAGGUGAAGACGGGCGAUAAUCAGGUGUUGGAGAGGCCAGACAUGACUAAGAUCAUUCCCGACAAUCCCAUGACUUUGCUGAGGAAAACUGGUGGACCACAACCCCGAAAAUCCCUAGUUGACGAGAUGUUCGCACAAUCUGGAAAGCCUGCUCCACAGAUGUCAUCUCCAAUGCAGUCACAGAACAGGUAUCAGCCAAGCUACAAUGAAGCCCCAGUCUCGUCUGUACCACAGCAACCACCUUCACCGAUCUACAAACCCCAACCAGAACAGCAAUACCAGCCCAAGAAGUUGCAGCAGUCUCAGCCUCAAUCCCCGAUCCAUCCUGAUCAACGUCGUAUUCAGCAACAGCCUCAUCAGCCUCAACCUCAGUUCGAUCAAUACCACCCACAGCAUCACCAACAGCAGCCUCAGUACUAUGAGCCUCCUAGACAACAACACAGUUCUCCAGAAGUGGUCAGGGAACCACCAAGGUAUCAGCCUUCUGUGAUAGAAAGACCGAUGCCAGCCGCUGCGUACCAAGAGCCCCAACCGGAAGUCAAGACCAGCACAGCUCAUUUGGGCUCUCUCUACAUACCUCCGGUGGAUCAACAGAGACGUAUAGUGUCGCCUCCUGCGCCCCCAGAACGGAACCAGGAUAGCCCCAAGAUUGACUCGCCGUCGCUCAGGGAGGCUCCCAAGCCUUGGCAGAUCAAAAAGACGCAACAGGAGGAGACCCCCGCGUGGGCCAAAAAAGAGAAUCAGAGUACACCAUCCCCAGCAACAAGAGAACAGCAAGCCUGGCCACAAUCCAGACCAACUCGCCCUAAUCAACCUGACCAGCAGCAACAACCAAUCGGAGUAAGAAUUGAGAUCCGCAGUCAAGCUGCCCCUCCGUAUCAAGAAUACCCUGACCCAGAGGAAAAAAAACCGAACGCAGUUUACGUCACGCAGCCUCUGGUGCUGAAGCACCCUGGUCCACAGAUGCAAGUACAACGCGAAAGAAACAAUCAAUCAGCCAAUCAGAUCGUGAACGAGAGGAGAGGGGAAAGGAUCAUUCCGAUCCAGAUCGAAGGAGCUAGCCAAGCUACUCCUAGUGCUGAGAGGUCUUUUCAACGGCAGCAGAGUAACCCAACGCAGUCGAACAAAUUCAAAAUAAUUCAGAAAUUCACUAACACGGAUGAAGACGACACUGAACCUUCCCCAGUGACUGAACAUUCCCCGAAAUUUCCUCAAAAUUUCCAGCAACAACAAGUAUCACGGGGACUGCAACACAAUGUCAACAAUGGACCACAUAUCAGGACAGUUCCGAUCAAAAUGGAAGGCAAUGAGCCUCAGCAACAAUAUGUACAUCCUAGCGAACAGGUGGUGCCUGAACCGAAAAAAUAUACAGGUAGCUCGAUUCCCGGCAGAUCUUUCAGAAUCCUUCAAGCAAUGACUGCGCCAGAUAAUAAUUGUGCCAAUGCCAUCGACCAAAACGAAGCAUUCCAAUACGAUGAAUGGGAAUACAAUCGACCCUGUUUACCCUAUCCCUACCCACCCUACUGGCAUCAUCCUAAUCACCCCUACCCCCCUAGCGACGGAGAAUCCACCCCGAGAAACACCCCUACCCCUGUACCUUUCGCCCCCUAUUGGACUCCUCCUUAUCCGUACGCAGAACCCUACCCUACAAGCGAAGCGGAAUCCGAUUCGAAAUCUACCCCUAGAAAUACCCCUAUUCCGAGAAACACCCCAACUCCUACCCCUAAACCAGUCCACCCACCGUACUGGGGCCCUCCGAUACGGCAAUGUUCAAACAAAACCAAGAAAGAAGACAAUACAGAAAUGUGCAAAAGUUGUAGGAACACACCUAAUCCCUGGUAUUAUGGCUAUCAAGACUACAAUGGUGGAAUGUCUGAGGAAGUUCCACAUUAUUUCGACCCGUAUUACUAUUAUUACUAUUAUGGAUAUCCACCAAUAUACCCACCCUACCCCUACUACGGAAUUGACCCUACGGACUAUGGUAAAGAAGAUGACACAGAGAAUGAUACGCCUACUAGAGAAAUCAUUGAGAUAAAUGCAUCUUCAGAAGAUAAACUAAAAUCAUGUGAAGAACGGGAGACUCCACCUAGUUCCUUGCAGUGUAUCGAAAACAUAGACGAUGACAACGAAGACAAUGAAUCUGAUGACGAUUUGAGUAACGAUGCUUCAGAUGAAGAAGAAGAUGAAGAUGAAAGUGAGUCAUACAUGGAUGAUGAUAUGGACAAUCCACACCAAUUGAGUGUUAUCUUAGAAGAAAGCGAGAGAGCUGAAUCGAGAAUGAGAUCUAACAGUGCUAUGAGUAAUUCAACAACCAUAGCGGAAAACAGCGAAGAAGAAAACGAUUUCCACGACAUAGGUGUAAGUUUACCUCUCAAAUUAUGCGUUACCGUUUCUGAAGAACCGAAUAAACAGGUGGUAGUUGAGGAAGGUAAUAUCAAGACAUUUGAUGACACAGAAAUGUAUGCUUCAUUCACUUUGAGGAGUCCAUCUUCAACACCGAAGAAAUGUUCUCCAUGUAGAUUAGAUGAGAUUCCAGAUGCUGUAACCAAGAAGGAAAUUUUUAUGGACGAACAAAAACAAGAAGUGGAAACCAUAGUCAGUGACGAAGGGAAAGAAAGCGAUGAAAGUGAAGAUUGGUGGGGCAUAUUAGGUGAGGAAGACGAUUUGCCCGUGAGAAAAACGUAUAAUUCAAUGAAUCUGCGUGUAAUCGAAUCAGAACUUUCAACUCAGCAGCCUGAUAUUGAAGAAAACAAUAGCGUCACCAACCUACCUCUUUCUGAACUUGAAGAAUGUUGUUCAAGUAAAGAAGAAAUAGCUGCUAAUGGUGAUAGUAUUGAAUCGGAUGAAAAAAUUAUUGUCCGUGAAGAAGAGGAAACAACUAACAAUCGCGAAACAUGUGAAGAUUAUAGCAGUCAGAACCCUCCUGGAAGUUGUUUCAGGAAUUCUAAAAAUAUUUACGAAACCGACGAAAAUGAAGAACAGGUGACUGAUAGGAAGUUGAUGCAAGUGGAUGAUUUCGCAUCACAAUUCGCACAGAUUCAAGAAAACUUCGGUUCGUGGAACCUGAAGGUGUUAAAGAAGCUAGAAACUCCUAAAAAACCCGCCAAAGCCGACAUUUCUUCAAACAGUACACGUCUUGAUAUUCAUUCUAUUGAAUCCGAUGGCUCAGGGAAUAAGGUUGAUACAAAUGUUGUAGAAAGAGAAACCUCUACGAAAAUUGAGACUAUUUCAAGAGAAUCCAAUGGCUCAGUAAAUGAGGUUGAUACAGAUGUUGUAGAGGAAAAAACCUCUACAAAAUCUAAGACUAUUUCAAGAUGUUCAGCUGAUUAUACGAAGUAUAAUUCCAGUAAGAGCAGUGAAUUGGAUGAUACAAAACAACAAAGCUCACAUAGUAUGAACAGAAUGUAUGCACCAAUCGAAAUAGAUUCUUCCGAUGAAUUGGACUCUUCUUCUGAUGACAAUGAAGACGAAACUACCACUAAAUCAGAUCAGUUCAAUAACAACACCGACGAAGUAAAAGUACCUUCGAUCAAGGAACGAAUACAAGCUCUAAAAGACAGCAUCGAAGAAAAACAGAAGAAGAUACAAGAAAACAAAGUCGAGAUACGCAUCACAGAUCAAGUUUACAGUGAAACGAGGAGCAAGAGCAGAAGCAAAACGACUUCAACCAAGAGCAGUGUCAAGUCACUCGAGGAAUUCAGCGAAGAAGAAAUGGACUCAGGAGUAACUUCCGAUAUGAGCAGACACAUAUCUGACAGUGAAGAAUUCCCAGAACUGAGGAGGCUAACACGGUAUCAGCGUGCUGCUACUCAUUCCAGACUAUUCAAGCUACUUCAAGAUGAAUGCGACAUGGAAGAGCAACAAGAAAGAGAUGCGCAGUUCUCUAGAAGAAACAAUUUGACGUUACCUCUCCAUGAAACCGAUAGUUCCAUCUCCAAAGACUUUCGGGUCACUGAGAGACUCAUCAAUGAAACAGUCCAGAGUUUCCUCAGACACAAGAAGGCGCAUGCUUUCAGGAACAUGGCAGAUGACAAGCUACACGCUGCUGCUGCUAAAGUGCUUGAAGAAGAGCUGGAGCUGUUUGAAACACCUUCUACCGACUGCAGCAGUUUUCUUUCCCCGCUGAGAAACGGUACUGGGUACUCUACUACUGUGCCGACGCCUCAAGAGUUCAAUGAUGAGUACAGGCAGUAUUAUGAGUCAUGGAAGAACGCUGAUGUGACAGUUAAUAGCAGCGACUGUUGGAGUCUUGGUAAAAAUGGUACGGUGGUUGGCUCCCUAGCUAAAUGUCCCAGAAUCACCUCUCCCCAGAAUAUCCACCAGAAAAUGAUAAAACUUUUAGAGCAACCCCAGCAUCUACCGCCUAGAACGAAAACGAACGACGUAACGAGCGCUUCUUGAAAACCAAAGAACGAAAUUUAUGAAAAUUGGUUAAUUUGAGGGAUCCCAGUUUUGAGCUGAGGUCCAGAUCAUACAGAUUUUUAGACUUCACAGAAGAUGCAGAAGAAGUCAAGAAUGAUCGACUGAUUAUCGACAUAAUUAUAAACUAUUAUGUCAAAAUCGAAUAAAAAUAAGUAAUUUUCAAACAGUUAUGUGUGAUUGUUUCGCUUUGAAAUCAUGCAUUCAUUUUUAAAUCAUCUCACUGAUUCCUUGAAUAUAGCAUGCCAGGAUUGUUUUGAAUUGAAUAUGUCGAAGAUUGAUCUUGACGGUAUGGGAAAAAAUCAUCAUAAUAAUAUAAGAAUAGUACUCAUCUGCUACUUUGUUAACUAUGUUUAAUAUUGUAUUGUAUAAAAUGAAAAAAUGUGCAAAGUGAAUACCUAAGUUUUAGCUGUAGUAGUUACAUAUUGCUCUUUUGUUUGUUUACAUAACUUUUUGUUAUAUAGUCACCUCGUAAGUCAAUAGGCUUUUCAAACCAUUUUACUGAUAAUGGCACCAUAGGAUCAAGUUUCUUAACUCAUUUUAGCAAGGUUAGGAGUACCUAGGAGUUUUCAAAAAUUAUAUACUUCAAAAUUCAAUAUUGAUUUAAUGUUGUCACAAAUGAAAAAGUAGUGCAAAAUGAAGGUUAGUAUUUUUUUAAACACCGUAUAGAUAUGUUAUAUGAAAAUAAUGUCCACAAUAAACCAUUAU